UUUUUUAUGAAUAAUUAAUUUUGUAUUGUCAUUCGCCCUAAACGUAGCUUCCGCUAGCGCACGCAGGUUCCCCUCCAACACACCUAACCGCACGUGCGAAAUGCAUUUUUCUGUUCGGACAUAAACCUAAUUUAUUUUCAAUUUAUAAUCGAAGCUAACCGGUGUACAGAACACAAUCCAUAGAUUUAUUUUCUAGUCUUUUCUACUGAUCGGAUAGUCUGAAGAUUUUAAUAUUGUGAUAAUAAAUAAUUUAGAAUGGUGCAGAAAGAGAGUGCAAACUCUGGAGACGAAAGGGAGAGUUCAGUGCCAGUUGUACCUGAAAAUCCAGCAAAGGGUAUUCCUACUGGAAAAUACAGACUUGUAGGAUGGGGUAUAGAUACUACUGGCCGCAGACUCAUUGAUGAAAUUAUUCAAAUAGCUGCGUUUACACCUGAAUCACAGUUUUCGCAGUACAUAAUGCCAUUUGGAGAUUUGAAUCCUAUUUAUAGCAGAAGACACGGUAUAAGAGUAGUAAACACAAUCCGCUACAGAAGGUUGAAAGAUGUCAACACCCAGGAAUUCUUGAAGACCAAAAGUGAAAUUUCUGCACUCCAGGACUUCUUGAAAUGGUUGGAGACUGUUAAAGGAAAUGAUGUUGAUGGAAUUAUCUUGAUUUAUUAUGAACUUCGCAAAGCAUCACCUGGGAUGCUUUUAGAAUCAUUAAGAAGAUAUAAUAUGAUUGAAAGGUUCGAGAAAGUGGUAAAAGGCUUUGCUAAUGGCUUCAACAUAGCCCAAGCGAAAUGUGGCAACACCACUAAAUCUUUCAAUCUCCAUAUAAUGUCGAAGGUAUUGUUAAACAGGGGUGCAGAGCACUUCAACAGUGCAGUAGACAGAGCUAAAGCUUCAUUUGAUAUUGCUGCUCAUUUAGCUCAAGGGGAAAGAGAAGAAUUAAAGGGGGAGGCAGCCAGUAAAGACUGUAUUGGAACAGAAACUCAUCUCAUGGAAGUGGUAUGUCCUUACGUCAAUCCUAUAGAUGCUGAGGAACAGGAAAUAGCUGUUUUUAAGGUAUUAUUAGAAAGACAAAAUACAUUCCGGCCAGUGUUUGGAGCACUGUUACGGGCCAGUCGAACUGAGAGGCAGCACGCAAGCCAUUUAAGGAGACUUUUGGCUGAGAACAAUAUUAAUUAUGACAAACUUAAAAUCGCAUAUGAUUCUGACCCCAAGGAUGGUUUGGAGAAAGUUAUUAAGAGUGAGGUAGCAAAUGCGAAGGAUAAAGAUCUGGAAGAGCUGUUGGAAAUCUUAGAUCGUUUCUUUGAUCCCGAAAAGAAAGCGAUUCAGCCAAAACCCAAACCUAGCCCCCAACGUUAUCCGUAUCGGCGGCCAAAAUUUGUAAGAAACAAAAACUCAAAUUCACAGAGCAAGAACCCAAAAACAAACUCGACUGCAAACGACAAUCCAACCGCCAGCGACGAUUCUUCUCCUCGAAGCGAAUCUGAACAACCUGCACAAGACGGGGAAGAAGCCAAUUCGCCCAAGGAAGAGAAGUCGGUGGAGGCUCAAUGAGUGCCUUGAAGCAUGUGGUGAAAACCUUAUGAAGAUUUUUUGUUCAUUUCAAGGCCAGAUUAGUUCUCACAGUUACUGACUCAGCAACAGUGAAUUCUCGGUGUCUAACAUUUUUAUUUACCGAUUCACACACUGAAAGCUGUUAUUUUGACAUCAUUAAUGAAUGUUAAAUAGCAUUUUCAACUUUUCUUUUACAGUUUAAUUUUAUUUUGUAUAAUUUUUUGUGGCAAUUUUUCAAGUGUGAUUGGUUUAUUUUUUAUUAUAUCGAAACAUGUUUAAUUUUCUUUGUGAUAGUAAUAGGAUUAUGUAUUUUGUA